CGCUUUUUAGUCUGGUUUUUGGUUACUUAGUCAACUUAGGGAGCCUCACCUGAAAGGCCAACCGGGGGAACCAAACGAGAGCAGAGCCAACGCCGAUAACCUUCGCUCCCAUACAGGCCCGUUACCCUUUUACCACUGUCUUCCACCACCCCAUCCAUCAAUCAUCCUUCAUCUUAAGCUCCCCUGGAGACUAUUAUCCCGUUAUUGUCCUUUGACUGAACCCAUAUUCUAAAUUCCUUUUCUUGUUCCCUUAUAUCUCUUUCUCCCGACCCAAACCAUUUGUUUUCCCUUUUGACCACUUUUAUUCUCUUCCCUCUCCCUAUAAUUUAAUCAGUGCCGUUGCUCCUGCACCGUAUGUGAUAACCCUUUUCCUCGGGCGCCUGACUUGUCCCUUUCUCAGCCUUCUAACCUCCUCUCCGCCAUCCAACUUAACUCCCGCAACAGCUUCCCCUUCUUUCCCUGUUGUUUGCCACUCACCUCAUUUGGAAUCUAUUCCAUUUGAUAAUUCUAGUUUCCAUCAUUUACUGAUCCUUUUCACUUGAAGAUGGCCGAAAUCCGUCGCAAGCUUGUCAUCGUGGGUGAUGGUGCCUGUGGUAAGACUUGUCUUUUGAUUGUCUUCUCCAAGGGUACCUUCCCUGAGGUCUAUGUCCCCACUGUCUUCGAGAACUAUGUUGCCGAUGUCGAGGUUGAUGGCAAGCGUGUCGAGCUCGCUCUUUGGGAUACGGCUGGUCAGGAAGAUUAUGACCGUCUCCGCCCUCUCUCGUACCCUGACUCUCACGUCAUCUUGAUCUGCUUCGCGGUUGACUCGCCCGAUUCCCUUGACAACGUUCAGGAGAAGUGGAUUUCCGAAGUGCUUCACUUCUGCCAGGGACUCCCUAUCAUUCUCGUCGGAUGCAAGAAGGAUCUUCGCAACGACCCCAAGACUAUUGAAGAAUUGACCAAGACCUCCCAGAAGCCAGUCACCGCCGAACAGGGUGAGGAAGUUCGCAAGAAGAUCGGAGCCUACAAGUACCUCGAAUGCUCUGCACGAACCAACGAGGGUGUCCGUGAGGUCUUCGAGGCCGCCACCCGGGCUGCUCUCUUGACCAAGACUCACAAGAAGAAGAAGGGGUGCACCAUCCUGUAAACUAGUUUCAUCUCCUUCACAAAAGGUCUGUGUUUAAUGCGGAGAUUAUAUGAACGGAUAAGGGUCUCGACUAUUUGGUGUUUUCUUUUACUCAGAAAGGGGUCCUCCGUUGGCGUGUUCCGAUCUGUGCCUGGAUGCGAGUGUGGAUAAUGUUCAAUCACGGGGCACACGAGGGUUAUGGGAUUAUCUGGCUAUGCUAUUGGUCGACU